AUGGCUGGUACUCGAUGUGCGGACGAUAUCAAGUUCAAUGGUUCCACUUCUACUGAAGUUAUGGGUCAUGAAUUUUCUCAUGAAGGGGUUAAUAGCGAGCAUAUAUCAUAUGAUCAGUAUGAGCAGGAGGAAGAAAAACAUGAGGAAGUUGACGUGGAUUAUAUGGAUGAGGACAACACAAAUGUGGAACCAAUGUUCGAUUAUCACGGCUUCGAUGAAGGGUAUAACAUUGACUCACUCGAAGACAUUGGGAUGAUUGAAUUUUGGAACAUCAGGGAUGAAGAUAGAAAACCUACUCCCGAGCCAAGGUGUGGCUGCAGUGAAAUGAUGGAGAUUCGUCUAGAUGCACCUAGUAGUCGUUGGUUUAUUUCUUAUUUUUCUGAUGAACACAAUCAUCUGCUUCUGGAUCUUCGGUUGACUGGAUUGCUUCGUGGGCAUAGAUUCAUGUCCGAGGUUGAUAUUGGCCACAUGAUUAACAUGAAAAAGGGUGGGAUUAGUGUUGGGCAGAUAUAUCAGGCAUUAGCAAAUCAGGAAGGUGGCUACGAGUAUCUCUCUUUCACGCAAAGGGACAUGUACAAAAAAAUAGCAAAGGAGAGGCACCAAUUACCCGGUGAUGCAUAUGCAGCUUUGAAGUAUCUAGAAGAUCAAGCAACAAAUGACCCUUCUCUCUAUUUUAAUCAUCACAUGGAUGCUGAUGGUACUUUGCGUAAUUUAUUCUGGUACGAUGGUCUCAGUAGGGCAGAUUACUCAUUAUUCAGCGAUGUGCUGGCUUUUGAUGCUACCUAUAAGAGGAAUAAAUAUAUGUGUCCAUUUGGUGACACAUACAGGUGGUUGCUACAACAACUGAAGGUGGCAAUGAAUGGGAAAGCACCUGUUUCGGUUAUCACGGAUGGUGAUCUAUCAAUGAAGUUUGCCAUUGAGAAAGAGUUUCCUAAUGCACAUCAUAGAUUAUGUGCAUGGCAUCUGAUUCGCAAUGCAACAAGUAACAUUGGCAAGCCCCAGUUUACCUCCAUGUUUAAAAAGUGUAUACUAGGCGACUAUGAAAUUGAUGUAUUUCGUCAAAAGUGGUUUGAAAUGGUUGAGGGAUUUGGUGUCGAAAACAAGAAUUGGGUCCUAGAUAUGUAUAAAAAGAGACAUUCAUGGGCAACUGCACAUAUAAGAGGGAAGUUUUUUGCUAGUUUUCGGACUACUUCUCGGUGCGAUGGAUUAAACUCAAUCAUUGCAAAGUAUGUCAAUUCAAGGUACAAUCUGGUUGAGUUCAUUCAACACUUUAAUCGAUGUGUCGACCAUAUAAGGUGGAAAGAGAUUGAUGAGCGAGAUUUUUGCCAGUAA